GAAAAAAACUUUUAACGCGUUUUGUUAUGCAGUUCUUUGGACUGAGUUUUUCCAAAGUGAAAUUUCCAGGAUGCUGUCAUUCCCGUACUAGUUUCUCCACUAGAAAAAGUGCAAGCAAUAGUUGUCAUUUUUAACGAGAAGCUGCGGAAACGAGUGUUCUUCACAUUCCACUAGAAAAAUUGAAAGCAAUAAUUGUCUUUUUUAAUCAGAAGCUGCGAAAACGAGUGGUCUUGAUCAACAGUUCUUUGGCUGUGAGUUUUUCCAAAGCAAAAUGUCCGGCAUGGAUGUGGUGGUGGAGCAUAUUCCUGGACCUUCAAUUCAAGAUCAAACAGCAUCAGUAUCAGAAGAUUUAGCCAAAACUAUGGAUCUAUUGUUUGACAAUAGAUUCCAGAGGAUUGGUAUAUGGGGGAUGGGAGGCGUCGGCAAAACUAAUCUGGUGAGAAAUUUGAACAAUAAGCUGCUUGAAAUGAAUUCAAAUGAUAUGCCUUUUAGCUGUGUACUAUGGGUUACAGUGUCCAAAAAUUUGGACAUACAAAAGCUCCAGAUGGGAAUAGCUUCCAGACUGGGUUUUCAUCUGGAACAAAGUUCGGGAGCUGAUGGAAUGGCUACUCAACUUCAUCGAAGACUAAAGGAGGAACGUUUUCUUCUCAUUCUCGACGAUGCUUGGCAAAAAAUUGAUUUGGACAUUUUGGGUGUCCCGCGGCCUGAUGUUCAAAGCGGAAGUAAGAUCAUAUUGACAUGUAGAUCUUUGGAUGUAUGUAGGCACAUGGAGACUGAUGUUGAUGUUAAAAUGAGCGUUUUGAGGGAUGAAGACGCUUGGCAACUAUUUAGUCGGCAUGCGGCGGAUGUGGUUAGUUUGGAACAUAUCAGACCACUUGCAGAGGCAAUUUGUAGAGAGUGUCAAGGAUUGCCUUUGGCCAUCAUCACCACGGGAGCAGCUAUGAGACGAAAGACGAAUCCUGUGGUAUGGAAGCAUGCUUUGAAUCAGUUGCGAAGAUCAGUGCCUUGGGCAGCGCAAGUUGAGGUGACGGUUUAUAAGCAUUUGAAGUUGAGUUACGACUCAUUAGAAGGUGAAGACUUGAAAAAUUGUUUCCUUUAUUGCUCUUUGUUUCCAGAGGACUUCUCAAUUAAUAUAGAUGAACUAGUAUGGUACUGGCUGGCGGAAGGUUUGAUAGAUGAACGAGAAAACUACGAGGAUUUCUACAGUAGAGGAAUUUAUUUGAUUGAAAAUCUGAAGGACGCCUGUUUGUUGGAAGAUGGUUCCCAUAAGGGCACCGUGAAGAUGCAUGACGUUGUUCGUGAUGUUAGCAUAUGGAUUGCAUCAACCUGCAGCGAGGAUGGAAGUGAAUUCCUCGUUCGUGCAGGGAAUGGUUUGAAAGAGAUUUCAGCUACUGAGCUAUCAAAUUCUCUUAUAAGAGUUUCUUUCAUGGAUAACGAUUUAAAAAGACUACCUGAUGACUCUGUGAUACAGUGUUCAGAGGCAUCAACUUUGCUACUACAAAAUAAUCGUCACCUUGACGAAGUUCCUGAGAGAUUUUUGGAACGAUUUAAAGCACUGAGAGUCUUGAAUUUCAGUGGGACACGCAUCAAGUCAUUGCCUGAUUCUCUUUUUCAACUGGAUGAUCUCCGUGCUCUUCUUUUGAGUCUUUGCGAUAUCAAAGAAUUGCCCCCACUGGAAAGGCUCAGUAGACUUCAAGUGCUUGAUCUCUCUUUGACUCGUAUCAGAGAAUUGCCAAGAGGGUUAGAGCAACUCAGCAACUUAAGGCGUCUAAACUUAGCCGGGACUUCCGAACUGGAAGUGGUUAAAGCUGGAGUCAUAUCCAAGUUGUCCAGAUUAGAAGUUCUGGACCUGUCAAAUAGUGGCUACUUUUGGAAAGAGAAAGGAGCGGUGCAAGAGGAGGAAGCAUGUUUUGAAGAGUUGCAAUGCCUGGAGCGGUUACAAGUUUUAUCCAUCAUAUUGGAUUGGAACCCGUGUUACAGUCCCCAAGAUACAAUUACUUCCUGGAUAAAUGGAUUAACAGCAUUCGAAAUUUCGAUUGGAGAAUCGGAUGUUUGUCUUUCAGUGCGAGAGCUAUGUCGACUCUCGGAUGCCCAAAAACGCGUGAGUAUAGAUGAGAUUGAUCUCUCGGGAGGACGGAUCGGGUGGUUGUUGGGCAAGGCAAGUUAUCUAUCCUUAAAUAAUUGUGGAGGACUGAAUGAGAUGGUACAAGACUUGGUCAUUAACAGUGUUGGCAGAAGCUUUAUAUAUUUAAAAAAGCUUGAGAUUAUUGGGUCUGACAAUAGUUUUGGAGGACGUGCAGCACAGUAUGACCUACUACCCAAUUUGGAGAAACUUUAUCUGAUCGAAAUGACAGGCAUUGAAAGCAUUUUAGAAUUAACCAAUCUUCUCGGGCUAAGAUUUCAGAGACUAAAAGAAUUAGUUGUGCAUGCCUGUUCGAGGAUUAAAUAUCUUAUCUCCCUGGGGAACUCCAAUAUUCGCACAAUGCCAAACCUAGAAACAAUACGGGUAGACUAUUGUGAGAAUUUAGAAGAGCUCUUCAAUUAUCUUCCAUUGCAGAUCAAUAUGGCUCCAGAUCCUAUUACCCCAGAACUAAAGAAAUUGGAAUUGAACAGGCUUCCCAAAUUAAGGAAUCUUUGUAGUGCCGAAACGACCUGGCCGGGUAAUCAAGUGAAGGUUGAGGUGAGAUCAUGGGCGAUGCCCUAAGCACUGAUCAGCAAUGAUAAGAUGGAAACUAGUUGGGGGGAAACGAAUUGGGGGCGCAUGCAUCCACAGGCGAAACUAAAUAAUAUUUUACGUGUUUUUGUUGGAGUGAGGUGUGCAAUAUAUAUAUAUAUAUAUAUAUAUGUAUAAUUUUCUGGAAGUUUAUAUAUAUUACGUGUGCAUGUCUAUAUAUAUAAAAGAUAAAUUAGAUGUAUUUUGAUGUAUUAAUUCUGUGAGUGACAUUUGAUGUAAUGUUCAGCUUCCUUAUGUAUAAAAAUAAAUAGCAUUUUUUUUU